UUCUAGCUGUCAGGGCAGGUGUCUGUUUUGUCAAUAGAGAAAUAGGAGUGCUCCAAUUGAGGUUAUAAGAAAGAUAAAACAAUUGGUUGUCAUAAUAAAACGCAUCACGAAACGAAACAAAGAAGCAGUCGUGGGCCGUAAACCCUAAAUUGAUUUUCCUCCCCAUCAACUUGUUACUUUUUCGACGUCAACUAUUGAUUUAUUAAAAGUUCUAUAAUAUCAUGGAAACAACCGCAGAUUUCAACAGACGGGGAGCGGACGAUCUAGACAUGGCCGCAUCAAGAAAGGCUAUUCAUUAUUAUCCACUUAUUCGGCAUGCAGAUUUGUGUGAAGAAACAAAACAUGAAUGUGUGGAAAUCAUCGUUGCAUCUUGUGAAAAAUUUCCCUCAAAUCAUGAGGCAGCAGCUAAACAGAUCAAAGAAACUCUUGAUAAAAGAUGUGGUCCCUCCUGGCAUUGUGUUGUGGGGGAAACAUUUGCCUUGGAGAUUUCAUAUGAAACCAAAAAUAUUAUUUACAUGUUUCUCAACAGUAACCUGGGAGUGUGUGCAUGGAAAUGUAGUUGACAUUUCUAUAUUUAAAAUGGUUCUAUAGCUUAUACUUAGUUUUCAUGCAGUUGGAAUGUCUGUUUAUUUAUUUAACAUUGAUUUGUGAAAGAUGAAUUUCACAAAUCUCAUUCAGACAUUUGUUUAAAACUCAAAAUAACACUUGAAAUUAAGUUUGUUAAAUGUUUACUACUCCAAAGAUUUCCCCCAUUUGACUGCAAUUUAACAAUGUCACAAAUCAAGAUGUUGUGCUUUCAUUAAUCAAAAUAAAUUAUAAGAUUAAUCAGGA